GGAAAAAGAUACCCCAAGCGUGUGCCUGAAAUAUGAAUUCCAUUCCUUCCCUCUCCCUCCUUCCUCAUCAUACUUCACUGUUAGUUCAAAUUUCAAAAUCCACUCCUCACUCUUCCCUUCUCUCUCUCUCACACUCUCUUGCUUCCUUCCUUAUCAAUUUACACUCUAUUUUUUUUAAAAGAAAUAAUUAGAGAAAAAUAGAGAAAAGGAACGUUAUAAUUACUGGUUCUUCUGCAUGAUAUGCGCUGGUUAGGUCUGAUUCUGAGGUUCGUGUUCCGAUCCUUCUACCGCGCCACCAUGGGUAGCUUCUUUUCUUGCUUUAGAGGCCGUGACAAUCGUCACCUUCCCACUACUGCCACCGCCGCCACCACCGCAGCGCUUUCUCGUCAGUCCAAAACCAACGAUGCUGUGGUCUCUCGAAAUCGGCUGUCUACUUUGUUUCUCUCUGAAGUAAGAGAAGAAUCUGCUUGCAAUGAGGGGAAGAGUUUUGGCACAGGAGCUCAGAUUCAUGACAAGGGACAUAAGGAUGAGGCCAUGUUUCUCAAAGCAUCUGAGAAGCUGAAAGUAUCACCUUCCUGUGGCAAAGAUUCUGAGCCUUCAAGGUUUCAUUCUUGGCGUCCCAACACGUCAGCCGAUAAAGUUCGGCUAGAUAAUCAACCAUUCAACCCCCCAACUCCCAAGAAAUGUUCUGAAGAUUGGGGGAAAAGAACAGAUUCUUUAGAGCAAACACCAAGCAGCUGUAUCUCCAAUACACAAAAUACUAGACGUGACUCUCUUGAUUCUAGUGAAGGAAGCAAGACAGGGAACCUUCAUGCUUCAGAACCCCCAAAUAAGGAGGGUGAAUAUAAAUUAUCACCUUAUCCCAUCCCUUUGAAGCUACCUGAUGAAAUGCAAACACCAGGAACUGUCUUUGAGACAGCUCAGUCGCAAUUUCGGUAUCCCAAGCAGGCAGAGAAUGAAAAAUCAAAGAAAGUCUUGAAUGAAAAUGAAUCAAAGGUGGAAGAAAGCUUGUCUUCAUGGCUGAAGCCGGCGUCCGUAAUUCUAGAGGAGAGAAACAAGAGAAUGGAAAUGGCGAAUAGUCAUAUUCGCAAAGCUCCAUCUGAUAGGCCUAUCAUUGGAAUGGUUGCUGCGCAUUGGACCGAAGACGAGGAAUCUCAUUUCCCUCCUCCUAAGUGGUGGGAUGGUAAUGGGAUACCAAACUCAACCAAUAAGUACAAGGAAGAUCAGAAAGUGAACUGGCAUGCAACGCCAUUUGAAGAAAGGUUGGAGAAAGCGUUGUCCGAGGAGAGUUCCAUAUCUCAAAGGAAGGAUUUUUGUGUAAAACCAAUUGCUUUUAAUGAGAAUGAAGAAAAUGACACAGCAGUGUCUCAGUUUCAGUCAUCACCGCAUCCUCAAUCCGUUGUGUCAUUCUAAUCAUUUAGAGUUGUCAAUCAAAUAGUGUUCUAUUCUUGUGUUUGGCAUUUGAGGAAUGGAAACUGAAUAUACCUGGUUCAACAUGUUGAUUGGUUGGAACAAGCAAUUGGUUAUACAAAUUUUUAUAGUAACAUGAAAUUGUCAAGCGCCUCCUCUGCUUGCAUUGUACAUAAGUCAUGAGAAUUAUUGCGUUAUAUAAUGGAUAUUUGAAAUUUGCUAA